AUGGCAACAGACACCAAAGACUCCUACUCCAAGGCAGCCGCAGAUGCGUCUCCCGAGAUUGAGCUGGCCAAUGGCCAGCUCAUCGUGGGCCUCCCCGACAUGCCCAUGAAGCGCAAGUUCAGUAUCCUCAGCAUCAUCGCCGUAGGCUACAACAUCUCUAACAGUUGGGUUGCUAUUGCCGCGAGCUUCGCCAUUGCUAUCCAGUCUGGUGGUGCCGUAUCGCUGCUCUAUGGGAUCGUGGCCGUCACCGUUGCCAUGUUGUGCACGGGAAUCACGCUCGCCGAGCUGGCCAGUGUGUAUCCCACGGCCGGCGGACAGUACCACUUCACCUCCAUCCUGGCUCCAGAGCGCUGGAGUCGGAGUCUCUCGUACUUCAGUGGGCUUGCAGCUGUCUUCUCAUGGAUCACACUGGGGGCGUCGAUUGCGCUGGCGGCGACCCAGGCUCUUAUGGCGGUUGUCAUUCGAUGGCAGCCAACAUACCAGCCCCAGGCAUGGCAUUUCUUCCUGGUCUAUCAACUGUUCAACAUCGCCAUGGUUGUCUACAAUAUUUUCCUGACCAACAAGACGCUCUGGAUAUACAACGUUGGCUUCCUCCUAUCACUCAGCACCUUUCUCGCCAUCACGAUCACCUGUCCCGCUCGCUCCUCCACCCCCGUCGACUCCUGGCAUAUCUGGACAAAGUUCGUCAAUGGCUCUGGCGGCUGGCCCGACGGCAUCUCCUUCCUCACAGGCCUCUCCACACCCCAAUUCAUGCUCUCCGGCCUCGACGCAACCCUCCACCUCGCCGAGGAGUGUCUCGAGCCCGAACGCAUCGUCCCAAAGGCCGUCCUCACGACCGUCGUCGUGGGCUUUCUUACCGCAUUCCCCUUCUCCAUCGCUGUGAUCUACAGCUACCGAGACGUCGGGUUAUCCCUGACUACUCCCACGGGCUUCCCCAUCUACUUCAUCUGGGAAAAAGCCACCCGCUCCCCCACCGCCGCAUCCGCCUUCAUGGCUGCCCUCGUCCUCAUCUCCUGCGUCGCCCUCACGGCAGUCCACCAAACCGCCUCCCGCCUCACCUGGUCCUUCGCCCGCGACGACGCCCUCUUCCUCUCCCACCGCCUCGCCGCCGUCCAUCCCACCCUCGGCAUCCCCGUCGCCGCCCUCCUCCUUAACGGAUCCCUCGUCCUCCUCGUCGGCAUCGUAUACGUCUGCUCUACAACAGCCUUCAACGCCUUCAUCAGCACAACCGUCAUCGUCGCCCAGAUCUCCUUCGCCGUCCCCGCGGCCUUGCUCCUCUGCCGCCGCCGCAGUGCGGCAUAUCUGCCCGCCACCCGCGCGUUCCGUGUUCCGACGUUUGUGGGCUACGUGUGCAACGUCGUCUGUGUGCUGUGGGCGGUCGUGAUAACGGUGUUUUUUACGUUUCCGACGAAGUUUCCCGUGACCGGGGGCAAUAUGAAUUAUGCGGCUGUGGUGCUCGUCGCGAUGCUGGUUCUGGGGGUGGCGAAUUGGUUCGUUUAUGCGCGGAAGCAUUAUCAUGGGCCACGGUUGGAUUUGUAA